AUGAAUCGAAAGAAGACUUGUAUGAAAUUUUAAUUCAAGCAACAGCACUUGAUGAAUGAAUUUUCAUUGAGACGAUUGAACUGUUAGAAAAAAGUAAAAUUUCAGAUGGUUGUUUAACAUUUCUUGAGUCUAUCGAUCCUUAAAAAUAUGUCUUUGAAAAUUAGCAUUUAAAAACUAUAGAAAAGAAAUAGAAACUCGAUUUAUUUAAAAUGACUUUAAGAAGACCAUUAUAUUAUUACAAUAAGUAUCUGAACAUGACUUUAAUAAAAAUGACUAUUCAAGUGAUAAUUACAUUGUAAUUAGACAAACUCUAAUUAAAAAGAUAUCAAAAAAUUAGAAGAUUAUAAAAUUGUUACAAUUUUUAGUUCUUCUCACAACUAUAGACUAAAAAUUCAUAUAAUGUGGUUCAAAUUCAUUAAGUUUGUUAGUUGAGAUGAAAAUUGAUAUCAAAAAACUAUGUCUUAAGAAUAUAAGAAUUAAGAAUUCAUAAACCAAGUAAAUUGAAAAUUUCAAAUCUCAGAAGAAUUUAAUGAAUUUAAGAAAACAAAAAAUAAUUAUUAAUAUGCAUAAAAAAAAUAAUGAUAAUAAUUAAUCAUUUUAACAAAAAUCUCAUUAUUAUAUCAUUCAUCAAUAAAAUUUUAUAUAAUUAUGA